AUGCACAAAACGUCAUUUGAAGAUAUAACGGAUAUGAUUCAUCUUGAUGAUUUAACGGAAACUGCAAUAUGUAGAAAUUUACAAAUACGUUAUAACAAAGAUAAAAUUUAUACAUACAUUGGUUCAAUUCUAAUUGCCAUAAAUCCUUAUAAAUUACUUGAUUUAUACAGUGCAGAAUAUUUAAGAGCUUAUAGAAAUAAAAAAUUUGGUGAAUUAGAACCGCAUACAUUUGCUAUAGGUGAUAAUGCUUAUCAAAAUAUUUUAAGAGAAAAAACUGAUCCAAAUGAAAAACACAAUCAAUGUAUUAUAAUUAGUGGAGAAUCGGGCGCUGGAAAAACAGAAUCAGCAAAACAUAUCUUACAAUGUAUGACAGCCAUUAGUGGUACAAAAAAAAAUUCAAGUAUUGAACAACAAAUACUAGAGGCAAAUCCAAUUAUGGAAGCCUUCGGGAAUGCAAAAACCAUUCGUAACGAUAACAGUAGUCGAUUUGGAAAAUAUAUCACAAUUUAUUUUGAUGAAAACGGCACAAUUGAUCGGGCAAAAAUUGAUCAAUAUCUAUUGGAAAAAUCUCGUAUUGUAUUACAAGCAAAAGAUGAGCGUAAUUAUCAUAUCUUCUAUUAUGUACUAGCCGGUCUUGGAAAUGAUGAGAAAACGAAAUUAAAUCUAACAAAGUCACAAGACUAUGCUUAUCUAAAUAGAAGUUCAAUAAAAGUUGAUAAACGUAAUGAUGCUGAAGAAUGGAAAACAAUUCGUAAUGCAUUUAAAGUAUUGAUGUUUACAGAUGAUGAAUUAUUUGAAAUAUUACAGAUAUUAGCGGUUGUAUUACAUUUGGGAAAUUUACAAUAUAAUGCUCAAACAAAACAAAAUAUUGAAUAUGUUACAAUUAAAGAUAUUAAAUUGUUGCAAGUGAUUGCUUUAUUGUUAAAAGUUGAUAGUGAACAGUUGAAUAAAGCUUUAACAACACGAAUAUUAGUUGUUCAAGGGCAAGUCAAAGUAAUAAGAGCAUUAACAUCAGCAACCGAUGUUCGUGAUGCAUUUGCCAAAGGAAUCUAUGGUCAAUUAUUCGAAUGGUUAAUUAGUAGAAUAAAUAUGACCAUGAAUAAAUCAAAUGGAAACAGUACAAAACCCGACGAAACACUAAGAACCAUUGGUGUUUUGGACAUAUUUGGAUUUGAAAAAUUUGAAAACAACAGUUUUGAACAAUUAUGUAUUAAUUAUACUAAUGAAGAACUACAACAAUUUUUUCUUCAUCAUGUGUUUAAACUUGAACAAGAAGAAUAUGAGAAAGAAAAAGUGAAUUGGACAAAAAUUGCAUUUAAUGAUAAUGAAGAAAUAUUGAAUUUAUUAGCAAGAGGCAAAUUAAAUAUAAUUAGCCUUAUUGACGAAGAAACAAUUUAUCCUCAGGUAAGUUAUACAUUGAUUUCUCCUCAUAAAACUCUAAAGGUAUGAAGAAUUGAAGGUUUUUAUCUGAAAAUAUAAGAAUUUUUGCCGAUUCUGAAUCAAUCGGACAGACAAAAUGCUGUGCUCUGCUAUCUUCUCUUUAUUACGUAGUUGAUAAUCAUAUCUUGCGUUUAGAUUUAAUAAACUGGUUUACAAUAAAGUGCUAGUUUCGGAAAAAGGUUAAGGAUGCUUCUGUUUUUUAUGUAUCAUUCACAUGACUUACUACCUUUAAUUUCUCUACCUAUACCCUAAAGAACGUACUUGUGCCCAGAUACUUGAGGCAAGUACUCCACUUGCGUAAUGAAGCCGAUACUUAUCUUUUUUCCAGAAGUAAAUUUACUUGUAAGUACUUGUCCAGCGUGCAAGUACUUGAUUCGUCACUUUACAAGCACUUGUUCAAAAGUGCUUAUUAAGUAAAACUGCAAAUACUUGGAUCGUUUUCAAGGUAAUAUUAUUUGAGUGUUUCACUAUUGUCGCUUAAUAUUCACUCUGUGAACUUAGACUAUUCUAUGUCUAGAAUCCACAAAGAAAAUACGUUUUCCUCAGCAUAGGUAUAGUAUUCAUGUAAAUAGAUAGUGACGAGCGGUUCUAACCUGUCUUAUUCAAGCAACUGCUGAUUUUAACCCUAUUUUUAGUUAAAAAAAGAGUGUUUAUAAGUAGUAAAUAAGCAAAACUAACAUUUAAGACAAAAAAGAGAUUGUAAAAAAGGCACUUCAUUACCGCAAAAUCGACUUUUUAUAUGCAGGUUUUGAAGGCUCGACUUAAUGUUUUUCGUGAUCAGAAUCCUUCAAAACGUUGGACAGCAAAAGGACGCUUUAUUUAAAUGAGGAAUAAAAAGUGAAAUUUUCUCGUAUAAUUUGUAUGAGCGCGAAAAAUCAUGAUGUGGCCCCAUCUCGGAUUUAGGCAAUGCAAAAAUACAUAGGAAAAAACUUCCCUUUUUUAUUCCUCAUUUGAAUAAGACGCCCUUUUGCUGCCCA